AUGUCCCUUCCUGCCCUUCUGCAAGCGGAUAUGAAGACAGGGCACGCUCCACUGCCUGCAGACGUUGACACUCGGUCUGUGACGAGCACAGGUGCUACAGACGACGAUGAAAGGCUCCUCGAGAUCGGAUACGUCCCCUCCUUCAGACGCGAGUUCUCCAAUCUGGCGACGAUUAGUUUCGCAUUCAGUAUCAUGGGUCUUUGUUCGAGCGUUGCCACCACUUUCAACACACCCAUGCUCCUCGGUGGACCUGCAUCCGCCACCUGGUGCUGGAUUUUGGGCGCAUCAAUGUGCUUCGCUCUUGGAUCUAGCAUCGCAGAGAUCGUCAGCGCGUUCCCAACAUGUGGUGGUUUAUACACCGCAUCGGCACAGCUAUGUCCCCCACGCCAGCGUGCUGUUGUUGGAUGGAUCGUCGGAUGGCUGAACUUGCUCGGCCAGAUCGCUGGGUUAGCUUCGACCGAGUUUGGGUUGGCAGGGAUGAUCUGGGCUGCUGUUGUUAUCGGCAAAGACAGUAAUUAUGUCGUCACGCAAGGUAUGACCGUCGGACUCUUCACAGGACUACUGGUCUUGAAUGGUAUUCUCAACUGUCUCGCCACGCGCGCGCUCGCGCGUUUCACCACCGGCUUUGUGUUCGUGAACCUCGGUGCCACAAUUUUGAUCAUCAUUGUGCUCCUCGCAAAGACACCUCGCUCGGAGAUGCACGCUGCAUCAUACGUCUUCGGCAGCGCGGGUCUGAUAAAUCAGACUGGCGGUUGGGACACCGCGAUCUCGUUCUUCUUAGGGCUGUUGAGUGUACAGUGGACUAUGACGGACUACGAUGCGACAGCGCAUAUUUCGGAAGAAGUGAAACGGGCCGCGUAUGCAGCUCCAGCCGCCAUUUUCAUUGCAGUCAUUGGUACUGGAAUACUCGGAUGGUUGCUCAACAUUGUUCUUGUCCUAUGUUCUGGGCCUAUAGAGAAUCUACCGGGACCGUCUGGCUCUGCCAUGCUAGCGAUCAUGGCUAUGCGUAUUGGCAAGCCGGGCGCGCUGCUCCUCUGGACCUUUGUAUGCCUCACAGCUUUCUUCGUCUGCCAGACCGCACUCCAGGCGUGCUCCAGGAUGGUGUACGCGUUCAGCCGUGACCACGGUUUCCCUGAUCGCGGUUACUUUGGUCAGGUCACCUCGUGGACGAAGACGCCGCUCCGCGCAGUGUGGUUCACAACUUUCUGGAGCAUCCUCCCGGGUCUGCUGGAUCUCGCAAGCCCCAUCGCGGCAAAUGCCAUCUUCGCACUCACAGCAAUGGCGCUCGACCUAUCGUACAUUAUCCCUAUAUUUUUGCGGCGGCUGUACCGCAACCAUCCCGAGGUAAUUUUCAAACCCGGGCCGUUUUACAUGGGCGACGGGCUGCUCGGGUGGAUGGCAAACAUACUGUGCAUCAGCUGGACGCUCUUCGUCUGUGUCAUUUUCUCGCUGCCUACGGUGUUCCCGGUUACGCCGCAGAACAUGAACUAUGCUUCGGUGAUCACGGUCGGCGUCAUUGUGCUCUCAGGUGUUUGGUUCCUAUGCGGCGGACGUCGCCACUACAAAGGCCCAAGUUCGAACGUUCCUAGCUACGAUCAUGACGCAGUCGACAGGCGCAACUCACGUGACGGCGACGAAAAGGCAGAAAUCAAAGUUUGA